UUUCUGUUGAAAUAUCCCUAACAAUUUUGGUAUUUUCUUCUUUCAGCGAGGAACCAAGUUUCUUCUGUUACUUUCAUGAAGAUGAGUUCGAUUAGUUUGGUGGACCCUUCCCCCAAUACAACCUACUACAAUGAGGAUUAUAACUACAGCGAUAUUGACCUCAUUCCCUACCUUUUCUGUGGAAAGGAGGAAGUGAAAGCCUUUGGGAAGAUCUUCCUCCCUGUGCUAUAUAUUACAGUGUUUGUUUUUGGAAUGUUAGGCAAUAGCUUCCUUGUCCUCAUGAUCGUUAAGUAUCUGAAAUUGAAAACGAUGACUGACAUCUACCUACUGAAUUUGGCCAUUUCUGACUUUUUAUUUGCUGUAUCCCUUCCCUUUUGGGCCACUUAUGUGACCUCAGAGUGGAUCUUUGGAAAUGCCAUGUGUAAAAUAAUAAGUGCAGUCUACACCAUGAAUUUCUACAGUGGUAUCUUCUUCAUUGCUUGCAUGAGUAUGGACAUGUAUCUGCAAAUUGUUCACACAGUCUCUAUGAAGAACUACAGGACAAUCUUCAAAAGCAUCAUCAUCAGUGCCGCUGUCUGGACCCUAGCAAUGUUGGUUACAAUCCCUGAAUUCAUCUUCAGCCAGUCCAGGAAAGUCGGUGAUAGGUACAGCUGCCUCAGCAACUAUGGUAGUGAUCAACUAGUGCUCUGGAAGACUACAAUCCAACUCCAGAUCAACAUCAUUGCAUUUAUCAUUCCAUUUUUUGCCAUGAUUUUCUUUUAUACACGGAUUGCAUCUGUCCUCCUCAAGUCCAGAUCCUUUGGCAAGGACAAAGCCUUAAAACUGGUCAUCAUGUUAGUCGCUGUUUUCUUUGUUUUGUGGUUCCCUUACAACAUUGUCCUUUUCUUGCAUUCCCUGGAGGAUCUGGGUGUGAUUGGCGGCUGUGAGAUGAGCAAAAGACUGGAUUAUGCGUUGCAAGUGACGGAGUCCAUUGCUUUCACCCACUGCUGCUUCAACCCACUCCUCUAUGCUUUUGUGAAUGAAAGAUUUAGAAGACACCUGAAGAAUAUUCUAAUGAAGAUAGUCAAGAAGACUGGCUGUUAUAAGGAUCUGGGGAUCAUCGUUGCUACUGCACCAGAGCAAAGUGAACUCAGCAAGCAGCAAAACUGUGUGUGUUCUGAUGUGGAAAUGACUAUGGUGUAGGAAGGAUGUAGAGACACAAUGCUGAGAAGUCAAUCUUCCUAUUCUACAAAUAUUGUUGAAUUGAAUCUUCAUCAUCCAAAAAUACUUUAACAUGCCAUUGUGUACAGGGCGCUUGUGAACUAACCAAACCAAACACCUUCUGAAGCAUAAUAUCUUGCAGCAAAUCAAAGGACAUCUUCUAGAGGUUUUGCCAAACAUCCAUCUCUGAAGCAACAACAUCAUUCAGGAUGAUGUUGCAUGCAUAUUUGAUACGUGUCCUCUACUCUCAUCACGUUAUUCUUUCCCACUCAGGUUUUCCUCACAUGACCCCUAUUGAACCAUUCGAGAAGGUUACUGGAGAAAGCAGGAGAAUGGGGAUAAAAGGGAUAAUAAGUAAGCGUGAAGAAAUGGCGACGCAGACUCAGUUGGCUGAAUGGCCUAAUUCUGCUCCUAUAACUUAAAGUCUUAUGAACCAUUGAAUCAUUAAAUUCUUAUGGCACAGAAGGAGAUCAAUUAGCCCACUGGGUCUACAUUGACACCAAGUAGAUUGAUCCCAGCAUUUUAUUCAUGCCCACUUUCCCCAUAGUCCAGCAAACUGUUCUUCCUCACAUGCCUAUCUGAUUUUCCUUUGAUUGUUCGGAUUGACUGUUUACACCACCCUUGGGGCAGAGAGUUCCAGAUCAUAACUACUUGCAUACUGAGGAAGCCUAGUCUCCUGAUCCUGAGUUAACUUUUGUUUCAUCUCAUCUUCCCUGUUUCAAUUGGAUUUGAUGGACAGGCUGCAAGAAUAGGGAAGAGGAUCAUAGAAAAAAUAACAAGAGGACUGGUCAGAUAUAAUGCAGUUUUAUAAAAGGAAAAUCAUGUUUGAUAAAGCUGUGGGGAGUUUUGAGUGGUAAUUAGCAGAAUAGAUAAAGGGGACCAAUGUAUGUGGUGUAUUAUGACUUUACAGAAGAGCUUCAAUAAGUCACAUCAUAUUAUAAAACAAAUUUAGAGCACAUGGCAUUGGCAGUAAUAUAGUCAUGUGGACUGAGGAUUAAAUUACAAAAAGAAAACACAGAGUUGAAACAAGUAAGUCAUUUUCAACUCAAGAUGAUAUAAUCAAUAGGGUGCUACAAGGAUCAGAGCAGGGAUUGAUUUAUAUCAAUGAUUUGGAAAGAGAGGACCAAGUGUAAUAGAUCCAAGUUCCAAGAUGAUACAAGACUAUAGGGCAACGCAAAAAUAUGAGAAGUAUGCAAGGAGCCUUCAAGGGGAAAUACAGACAGGCUAACAGAAUGGGCGAAAGAUGGCAGAUGGAAUGCAAUGUAGAAAAAGAUAUGAGCCUAUCCUCUUGGAUAGAGAAAAAAAUCAAAGGUGGAGUAUUUGGAGGGCUAUCUAGUGUUGAGGAAGCAGGGAGUUCGCAGGAACUCUUGUCCAGAUUGGAAGAGUGGCAAAGUGGCAGAUAGAAUAUCAUGUAGAGAAGUGGAUAGUCAUGCACUUUGGUAUAUAGGCAUAAAUUGUUUUCUAAACAGGGAGAAAAUUCAAAAAUCAGAGGUGCAAAGGGACUUGGGAGUCCUUGUGCAGGAUUCCCAAGAGGUAACUUACAGGUUGACUUGGUCAUAAGGAUGACAAAUAUAAUGUUAGCGUUCAUUUUGAGAGGACGAGAAUAUUAGGGCAAGAAUAUCUGAGCUGAGGUUUUAUAAGACAUUGGAGUACUGUUAGCAGUUUUGGGCCCCUUAUCUAAGAGAAGGUGUUGGAGAGGGUCAAGAGGAGGUUCACAAGAAUGAUUCAAUGAAUGAAAGGGUUAACAUGUGAAGUGUAUUUGAUGGCUCUGGGACUGUACUCACUGGAGUUUAGAAGGAUGGCAGCGGGGCAGGGGGGGGAAUCUCAUUGGAAUCUAUCGAAUAUUGAAAGGCCUAGACAGAGUGGAUGUAGCAAGUAUGUUUCCUACAGUGGGUGAGUCUAGGAUCAGAGGCUACAGCCUCAGAAUAGAGGGGCACCCUUUUAAAAUAGAGAUGAGGAGGAAUUUCUUUAGCCAGAAGGUGGGGAAUCUGUGGAAUUCAUUGCCACAAACGGCUGUCCGGCCAAGUCAUUGGCUAUAUUUAAACCAGAGGUUGAUAGGUUCUUGGUUAGUCGGGG